AUGAGACCGGUUCCGGACGAGAUCUGGCACCAGAUCUUCUCCCAUCAUCAAUGCGUCCUCGUCGAAGACAAGUGGUGGUUUUCUACCGUGUGGCACUGCCUCUUAUAUACCAAACUCUCCUUCUCGAAGGAGGCGAUAGCGAAACGACGCGACAUGAACAUCUUACCCGCAACGCUGGCGGCCGGUCCCAACCUCGGGCUACACACUCGCACAAUUACUCUCGAUGAUGCCGACUUGCCGCCCACUUUCGUCUUUGGUCUGAUGAUACAAAAACUAUUGAAAUCCCUCGAGCUACCUACUACAUUGCGAAAGCACAUCGAGACCAGGCUUGAGGAAGACGCCAGAUACAAUUAUUACAGUUCCAGAUAUGUCGGCGUUGCUGUCUUCAUACUUGCCUUGACGCCCGGGCGUUCUGAUAUGACCGAACAACUCAUGCAGGACACUGAGAAGGGAGAUUCGGACACGGAGGAAGAUAGAAUCGAUGAGGAAACACGCAAGGAUGAUGCAGUUAAUCUCAGCGCACAUGAAAUGGCGGGAGCAUCUUUUGCGAACUACGGCCUCCCAGACUUGGAAGAACUGCGCCUGCGAACUGGUGACUGCACAGAUAAUAGUACCUACAUCCACUCCAUCGAGGCUGCGCUUCUGCACCCCAAUCUAAAAGUUCUACGCCUGCUUGGUAUCGACUGGCUUCAAAAGAGUCUCAGGCUGCUGAAAUGGCCUGAUGAGCCCUGCAGUGUCCAGUUGCUUGAGUUGAAGGAAAACUUGAUCGAAGCCUCGAGCCUCAGACACAUAUUCUCUCGUUUCACGAGCCUCCGCACCUUGCUCAUUCAUCUCGCCGACUGUCGCAGAUACAUGUAUGACACGGAUGAGAUCGAGUGGGAGGUUUACCUGAACGAAUUUGGCUCCAUCCUAAGGGAGCUGGGCCAAGACUUAGUCGAGUUCAGCCUGCACACCACCAAUUUUGAGUCCGACGGCAUCUGCGAGGGUCACCUCGGGUCUCUCCGAGAGAUGAGAUCGCUCAGGCAUCUCAAGGUCAUCUACACCGACCUCGUAAAUACUCGUGUCGAGCCAUCGGAGCAGGUCUCCAAGCUGGUUGACGUCUUGCCGCCCUCCCUUGAGACACUGCACCUGCACUGGGACGACAGACACUGCGGUCAGGAAUAUUACAAGCGGCGUUGUGAAUACGUUAACCAGGGGGUGACGGAGCUGCUCGAGCAUGGGCAUAUGCCAAACCUGCGGCAAGUCAGUAUCGAACGAUAUUAUAAUGAGACCAUGGAAGGCGAGUUCGAUGGGCCGAUAGGUGGAUGGGACAUGACGGUCGAGAACGUGCAUCUUUGGGCGACCUAUAGCUCUUCAGGAUGCAUGCGGACCAUUGUGACUUUUACAAGGAGCUAUUGA